AUGUGCAGCACUAAGUUGCGAUACAGCUUGGUGGAUAUUGGUGCGAAUUUGACUCAUCCGAGCUUCAGAAAUGAUCUGGACGAGGUGAUUGGACGAGCCAAGCAGGCAGGUUUGUGCAAAAUUAUGGUGACGGGUACAUCUGUGAAAGUGAGCGAAGAAGCACGCGAUUUGGCGCAGCUGCAUCCCAAAUUCCUUUAUUUCACAGCAGGAGUUCAUCCUCAUGAUGCCAAGGAAUUCGAUGCUCAAACAAUGAAUCAACUGAAAUCAUUGUGUUGCGAGCAGGGCUGUGUAGCAGUCGGAGAAUGUGGCCUGGAUUUCAAUCGAAAUUUCUCGACGCCCGACCAACAAAGGUUGGUCUUCAACGAACAGUUGCAAUUAGCGUGCGAAUUACGAAAGUCACUAUUCAUUCAUGAAAGAGAUGCACAUCAGGAUAUGGUUGCUAUGUUGUCCAGGUAUAAGAAACAUCUUCCACCUGUAGUGAUUCACUGCUUCACAGGCACCGCUGCUGAGGCUGAAGCCUACGUGAAAAUGGGUUGUUUCAUUGGGUUGACAGGUUUUUUAUGGAAAGAUCGCAGUGAAGAUGGUGUGAAAUUUGCAUUGCGUGAACGCAAAAUACCAUUGGAAAGACUUGUUCUGGAAACCGACUCACCUUUUAUGUAUUCCAAAAUUAAUGAUAAGAAAAUUCCGGUGGAAAUUCGAAGCUCUAUUACAGAAGAAGCGCGAAAUUUACAUAAAUUUACAUCGUUCAAUCGAAAUGAGCCAUGUGGUCUGGCUGCUGUGUGCGAACUUAUUGCAGCAUAUAUGGAUGAAAAUCCGAUAAAGGUAGCUGAAGUGACAACAACGAACGCGAAACAUAUUUACGGACUGGAAUAA